GAUGAUCGCUAACAACAGCCAACAGCCGCCUCUCCAUUUUAUAAGGCAACAAGGAACCACCCACCUAUUAUUUUCUUUCUUAUUAGACCCAUUUCUCGUUCCUCCAUUUUGGCAAAAUUAUAUUUACACACACUUUAACAUCCUGCAAGCACAUUAGCACCCCAUUUCUAUCUGCCUCUCUUUUAUCAACACCUUUCACUUAAUCCCCAGCUUAUUGUUAAAGUUUUGUUCUUCUCCUGUAAUUCACUUUCUUCGUGAAAAACAAUGAGUUUCUUGAACUGGGCUUCUUUGGCUUUCUGCUUCUUCCAUUUCAUCUUAACUGGGUUGUCAUCAGAUGUUUCACUAACGUUUCUUGAUUAUGCUAAGAAAGAUGAUAUUUUUAAUUGGAUGGUUGGUGUGAGGAGAAAGAUACAUGAGAAUCCUGAAUUGGGUUAUGAGGAAUUUGAGACUAGUAAACUUAUUAGAGCUGAAUUAGAUAAAAUGGGUGUCAAAUAUAAAUACCCUUUUGCAGUUACUGGUGUUGUUGGCUUUAUUGGUACUGGCAGACCUCCUUUUGUUGCGUUAAGAGCUGACAUGGAUGCUCUUCCUAUGCAGGAAAUGGUGGAGUGGGAGUACAAGAGCAAAGUCCCAGAAAAGAUGCAUGCUUGUGGGCAUGAUGCUCAUGUUACUAUGCUUCUUGGUGCUGCUAAGAUUCUUCAAGAGCAUCAGGAAGAGCUAAAGGGUACUGUCGUUCUUGUUUUCCAACCAGCUGAGGAAGGAGGUGGUGGAGCAAAGAAAAUGAUAGAUGCAGGUGCAUUAGAGAAUGUGGAAGCUAUCUUUGGGUUGCAUGUUGAUUCCAGGUUGUUAAUAGGUCAGGUGGCCUCUAGACCUGGUCCUCUACUGGCUGGGAGUGGCUUCUUUGAUGCAGUAAUAAGUGGAAAAGGAGGUCAUGCUGCCAUUCCUCAGCACUCGAUAGAUCCAAUAUUGGCAGCUUCUAAUGCCAUUGUUAGCUUACAGCAUCUUGUUUCUAGGGAAGCUGAUCCAUUGGAUUCACAGGUGGUGACGGUUGCCAAAUUCCAAGGAGGUGGUGCAUUCAAUGUUAUUCCAGAUUCUGUUACUAUUGGUGGCACCUUCCGUGCUUUUUCAAAAGAAAGCUUUAAGCAACUUAGGCAGCGUAUUGAGGAGGUCAUCACAGGCCAAGCUUCUGUACAGAGAUGUAAAGCAACUGUUGAUUUCCUUGAGAAAGAUAAACCCCCUUUUCCUCCUACUGUAAAUGAUAAAAAGUUGCACGAGUUCUUCACAACUGUUGCCGGAGAUGUGCUUGGCAGUGAUAAAGUUAAAGACAUGCAACCAUUGAUGGGGUCUGAAGACUUCGCCUUUUAUCAAGAGAUAAUGCCUGGAUACAUCUUCUUCAUUGGAAUGCAGAAUGAGACACGCAAAAAGCUUCAAUCUGCACACUCGCCCCACUUUGAAAUCAAUGAAGAUGUCCUUCCUUAUGGUGCUGCACUUCAUGCAUCAUUGGCCACUAGGUAUCUUCUUAAUUUACAGCCAGAACAUCCUUUGCCUGUGGAAAAAUAUCAUGAUGAACUGUGAUGUGCUUUUGGACCGACUUCACAAUCGAUAUAGACGUCUUGUUGGCUUGAAAGCCUUGAAAUCUUUUCAGGUCAAAAUUGUAACGAUACUUCUUAUGUAGAUAACAAUUAUUGAAAUUUAAGUAUUUUUUGCAAGUAAUGCCAAAGAACUGGUCGGUCAAUAUCAAAGUAUGAAGUCCUUUUUCUCUUUA